CUCGGCUCUCCACACCACGCCUCACCUGUUACUCAGCAGUCAUGUCAUCUGUUACUGCCAACACUUUCUGAGUUACAGGGAAAAGCAGAAAGGUCCAGAGAAACUCCAGUGGAGCAGGAGAACCAUGGAGGGACAGAGAAUAACACUGAUCAUGAACCUGUGGCUCCUCAGUAGCCUGAAUCUGCAACAUGCAUCUGCUUUCAACCUGGAUAAUACUACUGUUCUGAGGAAGAACGGAGAGGCUGGGAGUCUGUUUGGAUAUUCCCUCGCAAUGCACCACCAACUCAAACCUACUGAUCAGCAACUCUUGCUGAUUGGUGCUCCACAUGCGAAAGCCUUACCCAGUCAGAAAGCAAACAUAACUGGAGGUCUCUAUCGCUGUAAGUUCACAAUGCAGAGUGAUGACUGUGAACGGAUCCCCGUAGACACUGAAGAUGCAAAGCCAGGGCAGGGAAUAGAUCACCGGGAAAACCAGUGGAUGGGUGUGCAGGUGAAAAGCCAGGGCCCAGGAGGAAAAGUAGUGGUUUGUGCUCACCGCUACCAGCAGUGGAUACAUAACAAUCAGCUGGUCCUGGGCAGGUGUUUCAUCUUGGAACAGAACCUAAUUGUUGAAGACACGAGGACGUUCUGCCGCAAUCGGCCCAAAGCUAAGGACCUGUUCGGUUACUGCCAGCAGGGCGUCUCUGCAGCUUUCACCAAGGACAAGAAAUACAUAGUGUUCUCAGGGCCAGGUGCCUACGACUGGAAAGGUGCUGUCCGCAUGGAGCCUAUUGAAGACUUUCUUCUGGAUCCCUACGAAACCGGAGACCAGAAUGUGUUUAACGAAAGGCGCAUUCCUCUGGCCAUCAGCAGCCUUUUAGGCUUUGCUCUGGACUCAGGGACGAAUCUGUUAAAGAAAGAAGAGCAGGUUAUAGUGGCUGGAGCACCACGCUCCAAUCUCAGUGGUGAUGUUCUGUUCUUAAAGCCUGAAGCUGUGGAAGAUCAGAGGAGUCUGCGUGUAGCUCACAUUCUCCAAGGCCCGGGUCUGGCGUCCUCUUUCGGCUACUCACUGGCUGUAAUAGACCUCAAUGCAGAUGGAUGGGAUGAUCUUGUGGUUGGUGCUCCUCAGUACAGCUUGACGGACAUGGAGGCAGGAAGAGGAGGCGCUGUUUACGUCUACAUAAACCGUCAAGACGGCCGAGACUGGGACAGAUUACAGCCAGACAUUCUUACUGGCAAUAAAGACUCCAUGUUUGGACUAGCGGUGGCAAACAUUGGGGACAUCAAUCACGACGGAUACAACGAUUUUGGAGUUGGAGCACCUUAUGAUAAUAAUGGUGAUGGUGCAGUGUACAUUUACCUCGGCAAAACUGGACACUUUUCACAGAAAGACAACCAAGUUUUACAGGGUAAAUCCCAUAAAGUCAAGCUGUUUGGCUAUUCCCUGGCUGGAAACAUGGAUAUAGAUGGGAACGGCUAUCCAGACUUAGCCGUGGGCUCACUUUCUGACAGUGUACUUGUCUACAGGUCUAAACCAGUGAUUAGCAUUGAGAAAUCCUUGACAUUAGCACCUAGUGAGAUGAAUUUCCAGGAAAGAGACUGCCAGAAAGGUCACUGCAUUAUAACAGCUGAAUCCUGCUUCUCCCACACGACCUAUCCAGGGACAUAUAACCCCAGAUUGCAGAUUCUCUACAAGCUAAACGCUGAUGAACAGUGGGUUCAAGGUGGUCAUCAGUCCCGCCUAGUUUUCCAGAACAAUCAUGAAGGAAAAAUUGUGCUCCAGACACAGGGUCAAAAACAAUGUGUUCAAAGCCGCCUCCGACUCCGGGCCAACACCAUGGACAAGCUUACAGAAAUCCCUGUCAGUGUGUCAGUGUCUCUGCUGCCGAACAGUCCUCCUCAGACACUGAGCCAAAGCUCUCUACCUGCUCUCCAGCCAGUGCUCAAUGAUCUCCAGCCUCAGGAAAGCACAGCAAAAUUCAUGUUUUUGAACCCAGGAUGUGGAAGUGAUAAUAUCUGUCAGAGUAACCUGCAGCUGCAGUACAGCUUCUGCACCAAAGACCAACAUCGGGAUGGGUGGUCACCACUAGCCAGGGAGGAUGGAGUGGCAGUGAUCUCCCCUGGUGCUGGGAACACGGCCCUGGAGAUCACUGUAACGAAUCGCGGAGGAGAUGAUGCUCAUCUCGCUCAACUGGUUGCAAAUUUUCCAGAAUCUCUACCUUUAUCAUCGGUCAUCCUCAAACAAGAUAGUAAACUGAACGUGCAGUGUGAUGUGGAUGGGAGUAAAACAAGAGCGGAAUGUAAUCUUGGAAAUCCUUUCAAAAGAAAUGCAGAGGUAACAUUUUAUCUCUUGCUAAACACUGAUCGUCUGACCCCGAGCAUAACGGACGUGAACGUGACACUGAAUCUCCAGACGAUCAGCGUGCAAAAUAUUUCAGAAAUCGUUGCAGAGGCUCAAGUUUUCUUUGAGUUGUAUCUGCAAGUGUUUGGACUGGCCAAACCUUCUCAAGUGUAUUAUCGAGAAGUGAAGAAGAACAAAUCAUAUGAGGAGAUCGGAGAACCUGUGCAGUACGAGUUUACAAUCAGUAACAUGGGUCGACCUCUGAAGUCCUUCGCCUCCGCAACCCUCAACAUCCAGUGGCCAAAGGAGAAUAAAGAAGGCAAGUGGCUCCUGUACCUGCUGCAGAUCACCGGACCGAACAACCAGAGCAUCCCAUGCAGUCCAGCCUCGGAAAUCAGCCCUCUCAAACAUGCUCAGGAGGUGAUGUCCAGACGAAAACGGCAAGCAGAAGCCUCAGCUCUCAGCACUGAUGGACUCCUGUCCUUAUUUGGAGGCAAAAGACAUUACAAAUAUCUGGCAUGUGGUGAUGAGUUGAAGUGUGUGGAGCUCAGAUGCCCCCUAAAGGCAGCAGAUAGAACUGCAGUUACUCUGCACGCACGACUGUGGAGCAGCACUUUUGUUGAGGAAUACAGAUCCCUGAAUUAUCUGGACAUUGUACUAAAUGCUUCUCUCAGUCUUGAUGGAUCUCAAAAGAACAUCAGGCUUCAGGAAUCUCAAACACAGGUGAGACUGACAGUGUUCCCAGAGAAGAAGCCGACUUUUCUCAGUCGAGUCCCCUGGUGGGUGAUUCUGCUCACCGUGGUGCUUGCACUGUUGCUACUCAGCCUCCUGAUCUACUUCCUGUCCAAGCUGGGAUGCCUUGACUGUGCGAUGUGUACUGAAGAUAAAGAAUAUCACCCCAUUAAUUAACAUCAUGCUACAAAAUAGACGUCUAUGCUGGAAAACCGAAACAAAAGACUUUCGUGGGUCAGUGGAACGUAAACACAUGUAAUGUGAAUACUAAUCAAAUGUUUUGUGGUGUACUACUUUAUUCAGUACAGAGGGUGGUGUGUGUGUGUGCGUGCUCCUGAUCCACGAAUGCUGUAUAAUGUUGUUAAUAGUAUAAUGUUGCUGUAUAUGCUGUAUAAUGUUAUAACUGUUUAGCCAGUGGUGAGGGAAUGAGUGUAUUUGUGCUCUAUGGAGCUAAAGGAGGAGAUGAAGUGAGUAAAUACAUCUUUAGAGCAGGAGUGAAGAUGAGGAUGGUGCCUAAUAUAGACACGAUGAGGAAAACCCAGAGGAAGAUUCUGUCCAACACCUGAGCCACAAACUUCCAGUCCUGCACCACCUGGAGUAACAGAAGAGCAUCAUCAUUAGCAUCAUCAACAUCAGCGACAUUUUCAUCAUCAACGUCACCAUGAUCAUUGUCAUCAUUAUCAUCGAAAACAUCAUCAUAGUCAUCAGUGUCAUCAUCAUCACUGUCAUUAUCAACAUCAUCAGCCUCAUCAUCAACCACAUCAUCGUCAUCAUCAUUAUCUUCAUCAUCAUCAUCAUCAACAACAUCACUGUUAUAAUUUUUAUCCUCAAAAUCAUCAUCAUCGUAAAUAUCAUCAUUGUCAUAUAUGUACAUUAACUACUCAAUAAACGUUUUCCUUACAGGCUCCAUGUAGAACUAUACAACAGUACUUUCCUAUCAGACAGGGUUCCAAGUCAAACCAAUUUUUGGAAUCUUUGGAAGAACUCUUAACUAUUCAAUGAAUCCUUGGAGAACCCUGGGAGAACCCUGUUUUCUAACUGGGCAGGUGUGUGGUACAAACUCCAAAUUGAUGAGAAUAAAAUAAUUAAUACCUUGAACUUGUUACGUAUUUUCCUAAAUUUACAUAACCUUGGUACUUGGUAUUUGGAAUGUUUGGUUCUACCUUAAGGUCUUUAGGGUCAGACAUUUUCUAAGGUUGUACAUAUUGUACAGUAUGCAGUGUUAUGC